UGCAUUCUUCGGUGUCGGUUGUGGGUUAUUCGCGCAUAAUACAAAAUAACCAACAAAUACACAAAUAAAAUCUACAUAUUCUCAGAGUUGCGUACUAAAUUUGAUCGUUUUCUGACAUUUGUAUGCAGACGGUGGAAAAUAUGGUUCCCAUGGAAUUAACCUACAGUCGAAACGCGCAAGCAAAGACCGCAAAAGAGAUGUUUACUGAGAGUCACCAAGUGAUGCUCAGGAGUUGCAAACGUCAACUAAUGGAAACGGGCAGGAUGUGUUCAGGGUUGGUCGCUGCAAUAGUGUUCGCGUCGAGCUUCUCCGUCCCCGGCGAUAAGGACCCAGCGACCGGCAACCCGGUUUGCUUCGGUAGGGCAACUUUUAAGGUCUUCUCACGUGCGUACGCGAUUGGGUUGUCAUGCGCCGCCACAUCUCUGGUGUUGUUCUUAUCCCUCGCCACGUCAGCUUACAAGGAGCAGAAGUUCCGUCGUAUAAUCCCAACCAAAUACUUCUUUGCCCGCUCGUCGUUUGGGUUUGCGAUGCUGUCUUUUCUGGUGGCGUUCACCUGCAACAUCUACCAACAAUUAUAUGGCUGUCAGAAGACGAAGUCGAAGGACUUGAUUCCAUUCGUAAUGGAGCUCACCGUCUUCCCCGUCAUCUGUUUCCUGGUGUUGUUCUUUUGUGGCUCCGAUUUCGGUCUAUCUUUCCUUCGUCUUUGGCGUUGAGUCAACAAGCAUGAUCGUCCACAUCUUUGGAAUCUGCAGCUUCAUGAUGUAACGUGGGUUCUACCUAUUACGGUAUGCCACCUGUUCUAGCGGUUUGUGGUAGUAGAA